AUGAACCAAGCCAGAACCAUGCUGUUGCGAAAGCGGAUCCGGCCGAAGAAAACCGCGGGUACCCGUCGACGCGUACUGCCCGUGCUCCCGCAGGAGAUCAUCGACAUGAUCAUAUGCUCGCUCACUCGAGGGGCUGACUGGUACACGCUCCGAAACUGCAGCCUGACGAGCAGGAAUUGGCUUUCGAUUAGCCGUGCUCAACUUUUCCACUCCAUUGUACUGCAUAACGAAGGCUACCUGCGGAAGGUACACACGCUCCUGGAGAAGUCCCCGCACAUCGGAAACUACGUACGCAGGCUCGAACUCAACUUCGACGACGCUCGUUCUUCGCAGGCACGCAUGCUUCUCAAUGUCGUCUUUGAGCACCUUGGGAAUGUCCGAAUCCUGGCUCUUUCUGGACGCUUCCCACCUAAUGGCACGUUCAGGUUGCCGCGAAUGGGCUCCGUCACGACGCUCGUCCUCUAUCGAAUGACGUGCCCGGCGAUUGAUGAUUUGUCCCGGCUAUUGGAUUCUCUACCUAACGUCAGAGUAUACAAGAUCGUAGCUCUCAGUAUGCCAACCACGGCUACACCCAGCCAGUCCAUGUCAACAUCGGCCCUCGCACCCAGUGCUCACGAGUUGAACAUAGAACGCUGCCACCCCAUCACGUAUCCCUUCUUCUUAUCGUCGCCGUUGCGCAUUUUGAGCAUCAAAGUGGACCAAGAAGCUCAGCUACAAGGGUUCCAUGAUGCGUUCCGGACUAGUAAUGCAGCGGAAACACUGAACACACUGCGACUCGAGGUGUGGGAUCCCACGCUAGGGUGCGAUGAAGGCUCGUCUCAGAAGUUCAAAAGCAUGCUGGGACAGUGCCCCGCACUCAAGCACGUACACUUCUGCGCGUACCAAUCGAUCUCAUGGGUUGCUACACUACUAUCGUGUGCGACCCCUGAUCUUGUCACGAUUCGCGUAGACGGCUUCGUGCGUCACCUGGGCGAGCUGGAAUAUUUGGCCCGCGUCCUAGACCACGAUCGCUACCGCCGUUUGGAGAGGGUGGAUACGAAGCUGUCGAACUUCUCGCUGCUCUCAAACACGGUCAGCGACGUGGAUCUGAGCACGAACAGCUUUCAGCGCGUCUUUGGGUCACUGAUAAAGCGAGGGAAAGUGGUGAUGGGGCAAGGGCGGUAG